AUGUUUCUAAUUUUUUUCUACUCUCUUUCUCAUUAUCUUCUCACUCUCUCACUAUUUACUCUCUCUCACUAUUUCUUCGCACCGCGACUGUUUACAAACAUGGAAGAAUACUCCCACCUUCCCUUGGAGGAAAGGCUAGUCCAUAGCGUGUGGAAGGUUCGUCUCCAAGCGUAUGACGAGUUGGCCACUCAAUUUGCCCAGGACUCUUCUUCCUUUGAUAUUUUUUCCAAUUUUGAUUUGAUCAAAACAAUCAUCACAGACGCCAAUGUGGUGGCCCAGGAGGCUGCUAUCGGCUGUUUUUCCACAUAUCUCCAGCACGGUGCCUCAUCGCAAACUAUACCAAGGCUUAGGAGUGCUGGGGUUGUUUCUGCGUUGGGAGAAAAGGGUCUUUCAUCUUCUAGAGCAGGCACCAAAGCAAAGACAAUUGAUUGCUUAAUUUUUAUGGUGGAGUUGGCAGGGAAAAGCUCUGAUAUAGAUGAUGUGGUAGAGGAUGUCCUCGCUUUUACGUCGGCUAAACUCCCAAAACUAGUUGCUGCUAGUGUAAAUGCCGUUACUAGUAUCGUGGAUUCCUUUGGAUGUGUAGUAGUACUGCCUAAACCAAUUGUGCCGUUUAUACCCAAAUUAUUUGCCCAUGCUGACCGCAAUGUUAGAGCUGAAGCUACAAAGUUGUGUGUUGUCUUGUACCAAUGGCUUGGCGAUGCUGUUUCUACUAUGAUAUUUUCAGAUCUCAAACCAGUGCAACAGAAAGACUUGACAAAAGCGUUUGAUAAUGCUGAAAGAACCACCACGCAGAAAAGAUUGACUAGAAAACAGCAAUUGGAACAGCAACAAAAAGAGGAAACUAAUGCCAAUACGGCGAAUGAACCACAUCAAGAAGAUGACAAAGGUAACGAUGAUAUAAACAUGGAUGACGCUUUUGAUGCAUUCGAUGUCAUCCCGCCUGUGGAAGUACUUUCCAAGUUUCCUUCCAACUUUUAUCAACAGAUCCAGUCUUCUCAGUGGAAAGAACGCAAAGAAAUCUUGGAUGAAGUGCACACCAUACUUGAAAAAACAGCCAGAUUGGAACCCUCGGACGACUACACUGAUUUUGUCCGUGUAUUGUCCAAAUGUCUAAAGGAUUCAAACAUCAUUGUGGUGCAGCUUGCAGCGAACUGUGUGGAAUAUUUGGCAAAAGGUCUCCGUGAGGGCUUUCUGAAGUACAGACUGAUGGUCCUUGAUCAGCUAGUUGAGCGUACCAAGGAACGUAAGGCCAGUGUCUCAGAAGCAUUGAAUACUGCUCUAGACACCAUUAUUCAAUUUUCUUCCUUAUCAGAUGUCUUGAGUGCCUGUAUUUCUGGAAUGAACAGUAAAGUUCCACUUGUGAAAAUUUCUUCGACAAAUUAUCUUUGUCGUUGCUUAUUAUCGACAAAAGAGCCCGUUCAAGAAUCGGAAGUCUCAACCAUCAUGAGCGUGGGACAAAAGUUACUCGCUGAUUCGCAAGAGCCAGUACGUCAAUCGGCUACUCAAAUGGUUGGUACAUUGAUGAAAUUGACUGGCCAGCGCCCACUAAAGCCAUACUUGGAAAAGGUGGAUGAUAACAGAAAGGCAAAGGUGAUGAAGGUCUACGAAACUGUGCAAGUGAAUCUCAAACCUACAGCCGUACCCACCAAGAAUCAACCACCUCCAAAUCAGCCACAACGGUCUCUGUUGAACACUAGAGAUAUUACCAGUUCUGAUAGCACUCGCAAGCUUGCACUUCCUGGAGGUCCUCGUCUGUCUAUACCUUCAAAGAGAGGAGCAACUUCGCCAGCUAAACGUGAAGAAAAGCCUAAUCUUUACGGCAGAGGAUUUGCUUCGCGGCCACUUCCUUCUGCCUCUAUUCCUAAGUUGGACUCGGUGGUGCCAGAACUCUCUCGUGAAGCUUCUUUCUCUCAAAAGGAUCGAGAAGAACUCGAAAAACUACGCAAAGAGAAAGAGCUGUGGGCAAAGGAAAAAGUGCUGCUUGUUCAUUCGCAAGAACGUCUUUCUUUGGAAAAAGAUCAACUCUCUCAACAACUAGAAAUUCUUCGCCAGCAAAAGCAAAGCGCUACCAGAGACUCCGAGAAUGCGGCACUUCUACUCAAGCAAAAAGACUCGCAAAUAAUUCGUUUAAAUAGCGAUCUCGAGACAGCCAAACUCAAAAUCAGAGAUCUCGAUCAAACGGUAGAAAUGAUGAGAUUGCAACAGACUUCGACACAGCUGCAUUUUUCUCACUCGCCAGUAUCGCCGUAUCCACUCAACACCAGACUCACCAGCGGUGAGUUGAGUACUCGUGUUCACCGCCUUUCUAUCGACGGUGAAAACGAUACACCACCAGUUCCAUCUCCACAGCGAUUUCGCAGCCCGCAAAAAGUCACCGAUACCACCAAUAUUCCUCCACCCAGAGAAUUGGACUUCAGCACAAACGAUGAUAGUUGGAGCCAUGCGGCGGAAAUCACUUCCCAAUUGAAAGCUCGUAUCGAAAAGAUGAAAGCCACUCGUCGUGGUAUAUCGUAA